AUGGGAAGGCUCAUCAAAAAUCACUGGGCGCGACUUAUUAUUCUCACAGCCUCAGCUUACCAAAUCGGCGGUGCGAUCGAAGGCUUCAUCUGGCCGAAGGUGUUCUGGGAUUUUAUGACGGACAAUUUGAAUGGCGCUGUGAACCCGGUCCCUGUGCUACAAAUUCUCAACCUCCUUUUGGGCCUACUCGGCCUUGCAUGGGAAUGGCCUUUGAAAUAUGUUGCCGGCUCCCUCGCGCACCGCAGCAUCGAGUUCCGAUUGAUCUUCUAUCCCCUCAGCGCUCUACUCUCCAUGCUCCUCUACCAGGGCACGGACCCUGCUCUGUACUACCUUAUUGGAAUCGGGGUGUAUUUCUGGGCCUACAGCGAGGGCGAGGUCGUUUGCCCUAUCCCAUGGACACUCCCGAAGCGAAGCGAAUACAAGAUAAAAGGUCCUCUUUCAGUCAGUGAUGACUGUCCAGCUAUUGACCUGGAUUGUGUGGCAGUUAUGCAAAUAUGGACUCUGUUACCUGGAUUGCCAGAGUGCAUGUAUCUGUCUGUAUUAUAG